AUGAAGAAGUCCAUCGCUGUUGCGCUGACAAUCGGCGCGAAGUGUGCGCUGGGGUUGGGUCUUUCAACACCCACCCUCCGCUUCACAGACAAGGGAACAUUUCAAAUCUCUAUAUUCUCAGAUUUGCAUUAUGGCGAAGCCGAAGAUCUGGACUGGGGUCCUCAACAAGACAUCAACUCAACCCGCGUCAUGAACAGCAUCUUGGACAAUGAAAGCCCCCAACUUGUCGUGCUCAACGGCGACUUGAUCACCGGCGAAAACACCUUCAAAGCUAAUUCCAGCCACUAUCUUGAUCAAAUCGUGGCCCCACUGGUAGGUCGCAAUCUUUAUUGGGCAUGUACAUACGGUAAUCACGACAGCCAAUUCAAUCUCUCGCGACGAGACAUCUUUACACGCGAGAAGCGAUACCCGAAUUCUCUGACGCAGAGUAUGGUUCCGCCCUUUAGCUAUGAAUCUGGUGUGUCGAAUUAUUAUUUGCCAGUCUACUCGGCUGAUAAGAAGGACAAGACGCCGAAAGUGAUUCUGUGGUUUUUUGAUAGUAGGGGUGGGUAUGAGUUUCAAAGCGUAGACAAGAAUGGGAAUGGUAUUCCUAUUGAUGACUUUGUUGAUCAGUCGGUAGUCGACUGGUUCACCAAGACUCGCGAUCACCUCAACAAGGUCCAUCGUAAGACUAUUCCUUCACUGGCAUUCUUCCACAUCCCCGUCACUGCCAUGCUCGCUUUCCAGGAAACCCCUGGUCCCAAGUCGCAUACCGAACCGGGUAUUAACGAUGAUGUUCCGCUCGCCGGGCAAGGUCCAUCCGAUGGCUCCUUCAAUUACACUGGUAAAGACAAGCCUUUCAUGAAAGCUUUGGUCGAGACGGAGGGUUUGAUAGCUACAAUUAGCGGACAUGAUCACGGGAAUGAUUGGUGCUUCAAAUGGAACACUACCCUCGCCGAAAUGGACAUCAAAGGCGACGGCGUUGUCCUCUGCUUCGACCGCCACAGCGGUUACGGCGGAUACGGUAGCUGGACUCGUGGAUCACGGCAAAUCCUGUUAGACGAGAAAACAUUGGGGAAUCAGACUAUCACAUGGGUCCGUCUUGAAGAGGGAAGCGUCUCUGGUGCUGUGACACUGAAUGCUACCUAUGGCCAGGAUUAUUAUCCAGCUGUGGGGGAUACGUCGACAUAA